CAAAAACCAGACCAUUCUAUUUCUGUCCCAUGGAUUCCAUCCAAGUCUGCACAAACUUAUUGUUCCACUCUGCCUCGUCAUUUUCAAUGGCAACUAUCCAUAAUGAUGUACGUUCCUUUCAUCUCUGCAAUUCUAUCAGAGAGAGGAGAAAAAAGGAACAAAAACGGAUUGAUAGACGUAAAAAACAACAUCUUACCAUUGUGCCACCAACUCCUCUAAUACACCAUCAAACCCCUUAUACUCAAACGAAGCAUCAAGCUUUGGAUGAAGUUCUCAAAGAGAUUAAAAACUCCAUCAAGCGCGGUAUACAUAUCGAUACCCAAAUCUUUUCUUCUCUUCUUGAAACAUGUUUUCAGUUAGAAUCAGUUAAUCAUGGGAUUCAGAUACACCAUCUUAUUCCUGCGGAUGUUCUGCGUAAGAGUGUUAGUUUGUCAUCAAAACUUCUAAGGUUGUACGCGUCUUGUGGGCUUGUUGAUAGUGCUCAUCAGUUGUUUGAUGAAAUGCCCAAGUCUAAUACGUCUGCGUUCCCUUGGAAUUCUCUUAUAUCUGGGUAUGCUGAAUUGGGUCGAUAUGAAGAUGCAAUGGCUCUUUAUUUUCAAAUGGAGGAAGAAAAUGUCGAACCUGAUCAAUUCACCUUUCCACGGGUGUUAAAAGCUUGUGCUGGGAUUGGUUCGAUUCGUAUUGGCGAAGCGAUUCAUCGAGAUGUAGUUCGGUUUGGUUUUGGUUAUGAUGGGUUUGUUCUGAAUGCGCUUGUUGAUAUGUAUGCUAAAUGUGGUGACAUUGUAAAAGCUAGAAAAAUCUUUGGUAAAAUCAAACAGCGAGACUCAGUAUCAUGGAACUCGAUCUUAACAGGUUAUGUUCGUCAUGGUCUUUUAGAUGAUGCGGUUGGGAUUUUACGUGAAAUGCUUCUCAAUGGAUUUCAGCCGGAUUCAGUUACCAUAUCCAGUAUUCUUGCUGGGUUUCCAUUAUCAAAACUCGCAGGAGAAAUUCAUGGGUGGGUUCUUAGACGAGGAUUUGAGAACAACUUAUCAAUUGCCAAUUCUUUGAUUGGUGUCUAUUCUAAUCAGGGGAAGUUGGACCGUGCUUGGUGGUUAUUCAAGAUGAUGCCUGAGAAAGAUGUUGUUUCAUGGAAUUCUAUAAUUACUGGUCAUCAUAAAUGUCAAGAAGCACUCACAUAUUUCCACGAGAUGGAGAAGUCCGGUGUUGUGCCAGACAACAUCACGUUUGUUUCAUUAUUAUCAGCUUGUGCUCACCUUGGAUUGGUUGAGGAUGGGCGAAUUUUGUUUGCGAAAAUGAAAGACAAAUAUCGUAUAAAAGCACAAAUGGAGCAUUAUGCUUGCAUGGUGAACCUCCUUGGAAGAGCAGGUUUGAUCGUUGAAGCUUAUGAUGUUAUAGUGAAGGAGAUGGAAUUCGAGGCUGGUUCAACGGUGUGGGGAGCUUUGUUAUUUGCUUGUUCUGUCCAUGGUAAUGCGGAAGUAGGAGAAAUAGCUGCAAAUAAGCUUUUUGACUUGGAACCUGAUAAUGCUCAUAAUUUUGAGCUUUUAAUGAAGAUUUAUGGAGGUGCGGGAAGAUGGGAAGAAAUGGAGAAAGUUAUGAGAGUAAUGGUGGAUAGAGGUCUGGAUUCAAUAGAUUAAACUUACCGUCUGUCCGUUCCUUCUAUUCAAAAUCGAGACAUGUGCGCAUACUGCUGGCAAAUUUUAGCAUGGUUUCCUCAGAUUCAUCUGGUAUUGAGGGUUCUUCUGCAGAUAAAUUCAAGUCAGGUAGCUGAGAGCCUGAGAUUCAUAUGGGAAAUUUUAGCAUGGUUUCCUCGGUACUUUGGGUCCAACAGGAAUCUGAAACUGGAUGAUUACUUGAUUAUUUCGGGACAUUCUUUCUCGACUUUGGCUGUCGCGGAAGAAGAUUUGAUGAGAUAGAUACGAUUUGUUGAGUUCUUUUCAGUGUUUCUUGUAAAUUCUAGUGAACUUGUGAAUAGGCAUUUUACUGCAAGAUAUGCCGGUGUGUCUGUGAAAUAAAUCUGUGGUCUUGUAUACACGAGCAAAUAAUUGAUAUAAAGUUACAAUUGAACGUCAACAACACAUCAAUACUGAAUUUUUAGUUCCAGAAGUCACUCACUCCCUCGAUAUCCUGGGUAAAUUAGCAAAUUACAGUUCUCAUUUUUGGCACUAAGUUAUUACCGUAAUAAACAUAUCGCUUUAUUUACACUUGAUUUUGAACUCAAGAACCCUGCCUUUGGAAGCUUAUAAACAUGAGAAACCUUAGCAUUUACAGUUGAUCAAAAAGUGCCAAUUGAAGUGUAAAACUUUAUGCAAAGAAACGCUUGAAGGCUGUACAGUGGCACU